AUGACAACAUCCUCAUCUUCAAAUAUCAGAAUGCAUGGCCAACACUUGCGAGUAAAUGUUGCUGCAAGUCAGGGUGGAAGAAAGUAUAUGGAGGACCGUGUGCAUAUCGAUUGUGUUCGACUGCCAGAUGGAAGUGUUGAUUAUUUUUAUUUUGCUGUUUAUGAUGGACAUGGUGGUUCAGAAGCUAGUGAUUAUGUUAGGAAACAUCUUCUGAAAAAUAUUCAGUUGCAGCCAGGUUUUAAUGGCAGCGAUGAGGAAAUGUUAGAUGCUAUAAAAAAGGGUUUUAUUGAAACUCAUCUUGCAAUGUGGAAAGUUGUAGAUGAGUGGCCUCUUACUUCAUCUGGAUAUACUAGCACAGCAGGUACUACUGCCACUUGUGCAUUCAUUCGACGUAGCAAGAUAUUCACUGGACACGUUGGUGACUCGGCAAUCAUAUUAGGAGAAAAAUAUAAUGGUGAAUUAAAAGCAGCUAGUUUAACAACUGAUCAUAAACCCGAUAAUUCCAUCGAAGAAAAACGAAUCAGUAAUGCUGGAGGCUCUGUAAUGAAAAAGUCAGGUGUUACGCGUGUCGUUUGGACAAGGCCAUUACGAGGUCACAUUGGUCCUAUACACAGGUCUACACCAACAGAGAAUAUUGCAUUUCUUGCUGUCGCUCGCGCUUUGGGAGAUUUAUGGUCAUACAAUGAAGAAACUAAACAGUUCAUAGUAAGCCCCGAACCAGAUGUUGCCGUGCACGACCUUAACGAUAAUCAGUAUUGUUUGGUUCUUGGCUCAGAUGGACUAACCAAUGUUUUGAAACCACAGCAAGUUGUCGAUAUUGUAUUGCAUUACGAAAAAAUGUCAAUUAAUAAACGCUGCAAACCACCAAAUCAUUCACGAUGGAUACUGCGCCAUGCACUGGAAGGUUGGGGAUUGUCUCGUGCUGACAACAUAUCUGUAAUAACGGUUUGUUUUGAAAAAGAGUGUAUAGAUGUUUGUGAUGAACUCGUGCUGACUGAUGACGUAAAUUUAUGCCUGGAUGAAGCCCUUACAAACUUAGAGACUUCAACAGCUCUCAUCGGACCAUCGUACUGUAAACAAAUAGAAACGUUGGAUGUCGAUUUAUUUUAUGCGGGUGUUGUGGAUCCUAAUUUUACCACAGCUGUCGCCUAUCGUGGACCCGGUUAUGCUCGUGAUAUAAAACGUCCUGUAACUAUCUUGCAGUUCUCUGAUGUGCCGAUAUUACCAGUUUCUUCGGUAAAUCGUGUUCCGGCUAUUCGUCGUAUUGGUAAAUUAUUUGGCACAAGUGAUAAAAUUAAGGUUGUACCUGCUGAAUGUGUUUCUGGAGUUAUAUUCGAGAGAAUGGAUGGAAUGCACAGAAAUACCAUCAAUAGCAAUAUUCCACAUAGUGGUAAUGAAAGUAUAGUACGAGAGGAGCUGAUCCACAAUAGAAAUGAUAACUGUAUGGGUUUUGGCAGACAAAGUGAGCAUACAGAAGCAGUAGGAACAUACGUAUCGAAUCGUGAGUCCAAUAGUAAUGUAAUGCAGUUAAAGUGUAUUACUGUCGGUGUUGGAAGCACAUGUCGGAAACGUCCUGCUAAUCUAAAUACAAAUACUCCAGAGCAGUUAGAAACGCCUCUAUAUCAAUCCCUCAACAUUAACACAGAAGCAACAAAAGGAAGACUUGUGCUAAAGGCUUGUCGUAGACCGCAAGCAAGGCAUUUUAAGCAUGUAAUAGAACAAAAUGAGGUGAAGAAUGACAGUAGAGUAGGUGAUAGCCAUAGCAUCAGAUAUCAUUCUCAUUCGAACACUCAUGGCAACUGUUUCCAGGAUUUAAUAUCUUCACAGUCUGUUCCUGGUAGUGCUUCGGCUCUGUCUCCUUCGUUGAUGCUUACUGCUCUGCGGACCACAAAUCAGUUGUUCAGGCAUGAUCCUUUUUCGCGCGAUCUCAUCCUUGGUGGUUGUCAUCCUUUUUCCCAUCGUUUCUCAUCGUUGCCUCCUGAACCUGUUCAAAAGAGAUUUAAGAUGUCUUUGAACAGUUUAGUAGAUAAAGAUCAUGGUUCUGGCAUUUCCGAAAAAAUUGAUGAAAAAUCAAGGCAAGGUAACAUUGAAGUUCAGAAAGCAGAACAAGGUGGAUCGCAAACUAGCACUCGAUCAUCACGUUUGUGGGAUUUCAUAUCCACUUUAUUGGGAAAUCGAGCAAACAAGAAAUGA